AUGAAAGGUCGACGCCGGUUCCCGCUAAGGGGACAAUUUGAUCGUGAAAGGCACUUAGUGUCUGCCAAUUACGAUCGUCCCGAUGGAGCUGAAACGUCAGUGGGGACGGGCAUUAAACUAAAUAGAGCCGGGAGGGCGCGUUCUGUACGGCCGAUGGCGCCACUAGUUAUAGCCGCACCAUUCGACUGUAGAUACGACGUCAAUUCUGCGCACAUGCAUUUAUUCCCAAACUGCAUAUCGCUCCGUGAAACGAACAAUACACCUAGCAUGCAAAAUAUGAAGCCGAAGUGCGAUAAUGUAGGUCGCGUGGUGGACUAUGCCCCGCCGCACAGGUGUGGGGCAUGUAUAGGCCGUUACGUUACUUUACUCAGGCGGGGUAAUGUUGGCAACCCUAGUUCGGAAUGCGGUCUCGCCUUUGGCAACAGCGCGCGGCGCGGACGCGGCGCUUGCGCAACGCACGGGCGAAAGUGGUCGAGCGAGACGGGUCGACCGAUCGCAGACCGGUCCAGUUGCACGUCCUCACGGAACCCAUGCAUCAACCCCACUCGCUCCAGGGCGGCUUGCGAAGUAUUCAAGGGGCCCGCUUUGCAGCCGAAAUUGGCAGGAAGUUCGCGACGCUCGCGAUGCGGCCCGCGCGCUGAGCGCGCAUCGGUUAAACCGCCGCUCGUCGCCGGACAACGCGUCCGUUCGGAGUUAAACGCUCUCAAUAGCGCGUCCUUCGCAAGGCUAGGG